CGGGACCGCACGCAGAGCGUGAACACGGCCUUCACGGCGCUGCGCACGCUCAUCCCCACCGAGCCGGUGGACCGCAAGCUGUCCAAGAUCGAGACGCUGCGCCUGGCGUCCAGCUACAUCGCGCACCUGGCCAACGUGCUACUUCUGGGCGACGCGGCCGACGACGGGCAGCCGUGCUUCCGUGCAGCUGGCAGUGCCAAGAGCGCGGUCCCCGCCACCCCCGACGGCGGUCGUCAGCCGCGCUCUAUCUGCACCUUCUGCCUCAGCAAUCAGCGCAAGGGGGGUAGCCGUCGUGACCUAGGGAGCAGCUGCUUGAAGGUAAGGGGGGUGGCCCCACUUCGAGUGCCACGGAGAUGAGCCUGGAACCCUGUGUCAUUUGCUCCAAGCAGGACCCUGAGAAGGAGGCCAGAGGCCAGCCACCGGGUGAACAGGCGAGAAGACCCCAGGAGCCGAACCCAGGUCCCUUCUUUGUGCAGGGAUCAGAGGACAAUGGCCUGGGCCCAUGACCCUCUGAGCAGGCCCCCUGGGACAUCUCCACCCCACCCUGGAGAGCUGUGAGGACACGUCCAGCCAGCCCCAGCCCUGGCUGGUCAGAGACAAGGCAGAACUUUUGGAAAAACAAAGACAGUUGAUGACAGAGGAUGUGUGCUUGUCUGUGCAUGAGUGUCGGGGUGUGUGUGUGAGAGAGAAUUGAUGGGUUUAAAAUAAAAGGUAUUUUUAAGUAAAAGAUGUUCCCAACUGAAGAUGGGAGGGGCCUGGGAACAUCAGAGGUCAGAGAUCGCCCCUCUCCUGGACCUUGGAAGAGACGGAUGUCACAGGUGCUGCCCUGUGUUCUGGAGGGAUUGAGGCGGCAGGGAGGUAGGGGACACCGUCUCCAGAAGUCAGGAUAACCAAACUUUCCUCACCAUCUUCUUGAACAACUGUUGGGUGUCUGGUGUAGUUGAUUUUAAAAACAAAAUCUUAAUUUUAUUUAUUUUUGAAUAAGGAAUAUAUUCAUCCACAUGGUCCAGAAUUCAAAAGGUACAAGCGGAUAUGUGGUAAAAAGUCACCCUCCCCCCUGUUCUCUUGGCACAGUUCUCCCACUACAGGCAGGCUUAGCAUUAGUUUUUUUUGUUUUGUUUUGACAUCCCCGUUCCCUGUGAAUAAUCAAGCAAAUACAGAAAUAUAUGUAUCUGUUUUCUUACACUCUUUACACAAACAGUAGUACAUCAUACCCGUUUUCUGCUGCUUGUAUUUUUUUUUCCUUAAUCUAGCUUGGCUGUCAUCCAAGUCAGUACAUAACGGGAAAGGGUACCUUCAUUCCUUUAGUAGCUGUUUAUUCCAUUUGGGAAUGUACUGUACUUUAACCCACCCAUUAUCCAUGUCUUUACAAACAGGGCUGGGCAGGCACGUGGUUUUCCACAUGUGCAAAUGAGUGUGUGCUAAUGGGAUGCUCUUACCCCUGUUGUAGCUGAGAUGAUUUGAAGAAACAAUGAUACCCAAAGCCUCCUGGCUGGCACGUGGCAGGGUGACAACAUGAAGUCUGUCCAAAUUUAAAGCCCAAAGUGAGCUCCUUCCUCUGCCCUGGAGAUGCCCCAGAUGGGGUGCCAGUUUUGUGACCCCAGUCAUUCUCCCAGUGGCCCUGGGAGUUGGGGGAAGGUGUCUCCCCAUCUCACAGAUCCAACCUAGAGUGUAACAGGGACAGCUGGUCAGUGGAGCCAGGAGUUCUUGGCUCUCUCUGUGGGGCCAGGAUCAGAGACGCUCAGGAGGCUGGAGGCAGGGAGAGGAGCCAGGAGAGGCAGCAGAGCCAGGCAGCCACCCUUUCCUCCAGGGACAUUCAUGUGCCUGUUUUUUAAUUUAUUUUUUUUAACACUUUUAUUUAGCGUUUGCCAACUGAAACCUGGCUCCAGAGUCCGCGCUUCUAUCCGCUCUGCUCUGUCACCCCCUGCGUUUGAUACUCAGACUCAGCUAUGUGGGGCUGCCCAUUUUGCAGAUCAACAGACAGUUGCCUUUCAGAAGCUAAUUAGGAAAGCACAUUGCACUCCCUGCAACUACCCAGGGCCAGGUCCAGGCAGCCCCUGGCAAAGCCACAGGAAAAGGACUGUGACAUUGUCAAUGGCAGGAAACCUGGGAGUGGGGACAGAGCAGACACUUGGGUGCUCUGGGCUGGAGGCCCACUUCUGCCACCAGAUUUGCUGGGUGACCCCCAAGAAGUUGUGUGACCCCUCUGGGCUUCCCUGACCCAAUCCCUAACCAGCAGGAACAGCUGGAGCAGAAUAAUAAUUAAUUUGUUUUGCAUUGGUAUGUAGUUGUUCAUAGAUCAUUUGCUCUGGGUAGAUAAUAGAAGUUGUAUCCAAUAGUAUGCAGGGAAAAGUACGUACCUCCCUCAGACUCCACCCCAAAGCCGACUGCUGUUAGCAGUUUCCCAUGUGUCCUUCCAGAAAUGCUCUAUACUGAUUACUGGUUCUAAAAAAGUAUUUCUAGGUUUCUCUGCUUAUGUUUCCAUUGUAAAAAAAAA